AUUGAUUUUAUUAUCGAUUAUUCUGUUUUAGAGUGUUUGAUUAACUCUUUAUUGACUUUUUGUGCGUAUUGAUGUUUUCUCAAUUAAGAAUUUCAUAAAAGUUCGUUGUUUUAUUCAAACGUCUUAAACUGUCACAUCACUAAUUUGUUCCGCGUACUCCAGUCUUCUCAUUUUCCGCAAGCUCAGUCGUAAAUAGUUUCCAAUAUUAUCACUUCAACAAUGGGUAAAUCACUCGAUGAGCAAUUCGAGGCAGCAGUGUGGAUUAUUAAUGCAUUGCCUAAAAAUGGACCAAUUAAAACUAGUAUCAAUGAUCAGCUGCAAAUGUAUAGCCUCUAUAAACAGGCAACAUCAGGGAAAUGUGAUACAAUUCAACCAUAUUUCUUUCAAAUUGAGCAGCGAAUGAAAUGGAAUGCAUGGAAUCAAUUGGGAAAUAUGGAUGAAGCAGAAGCAAAAGCUCAAUAUGUUGAAAAAAUGCUUAAAUUGUGCAAUCAAGCUGAGGCUGAACACAAUCUGAUGGAAUUUCUGUCGGAUCCAACGAUCGCUGAUCUUCUUCCAAAGCAGAAUCAACUCCGUGAGCACUUCGCCACAUUGGGCCGUACAACAGUUAAAGGAUUUGAAGGAGAGACUGUUGAGAUCAAUGGAGUUUCUAUAUCGUUUUGAAAUUGAUAUUUCAUAAUGAAGCGAAAAGUAUAAAAACAAUAAAAGAGUAAUACAGAGAA